AUGUUGGGACGGACAGUGCUGCGGACGGCACUGCUGCUGUGGCUGGCUCAGGUCACUCUACAGGGAGGCACAGCUCAUCUUGGACCACAGGCAGCCAACGGCUACGGGAACGGGAACGGAAACGUGAAGGGAAACGGUUAUGGAGCUGCUCCUGUUGCUGCUGCCAAUGGACAUGGUGCUAAAUCCAAUGGUUAUGGAGCUGCUCCUGUUGCUGCUGCCAACGGCUACGGGAACGGAAACGUGAAGGGAAACGUGAAGGGAAACGGUUAUGGAGCUGCACCUGUUGCUGCUGCCAAUGGACAUGGUGCUAAAGCCAACGGUUAUGGAGCCGCUCCUGUUGCUGCUGCCAAUGGACAUGGUGCUAAAUCCAACGGUUAUGGAGCUGCUCCUGUUGCUGCUGCCAACGGCUAUGGGAACGGAAACGUGAAGGGAAACGUGAAGGGAAACGGUUAUGGAGCUGCUCCUGUUGCUGCUGCCAAUGGACAUGGUGCUAAAUCCAACGGUUAUGGAGCUGCACCUGUUGCUGCUGCCAAUGGACACGGUGCUAAAUCCAACGGUUAUGGAGCUGCUCCUGUUGCUGCUGCCAACGGCUAUGGGAACGGAAACGUGAAGGGAAACGUGAAGGGAAACGGUUAUGGAGCUGCUCCUGUUGCUGCUGCCAAUGGACACGGUGCUAAAUCCAACGGUUAUGGAGCUGCUCCUGUUGCUGCUGCCAAUGGACACGGUGCUAAAUCCAACGGUUAUGGAGCUGCACCUGUUGCUGCUGCCAAUGGACACGGUGCUAAAUCCAACGGUUAUGGAGCUGCUCCUGUUGCUGCUGCCAACGGCUAUGGGAACGGAAACGUGAAGGGAAACGUGAAGGGAAACGGUUAUGGAGCUGCACCUGUUGCUGCCGCCAAUGGACAUGGUGCCAAAGCCAACGGUUAUGGACCUGCUCCAGUUGCCGCUAAUGGACACGGUGCUAAACCCAACGGUUAUGGAGCUGCUCCUGUUGCCGCUAAUGGACACGGUGCUAAACCCAACGGUUACGGUUCUCCCAAUGGACAGGCUGCUGCUCCCAACGGUGGCUAUGGAGGAGCAGGUGCCAAGCCGUACAAAGGUUACGGACGUCCUCCAUUCGGUAAGGACCCUCAGAACACCCUCACUUAG